AUGACUCUCUCGAUGAACAUCCUCGAAAUGCCAUGGGGAAUGAGAGAGAAAGCAUCGACCAAACUGCUUGAGCUAGAGCGACAACACAAAUCACGACCACGGGAAAACUGGUAUGAAACACCACACAAACAAAAGAAGGCAAGUCAAAGUGUGCAGGUGUGCACUGAACCUCACUUCGAAACAUUAGAGAAGUUUAAACUUUUUCUAGAAACUUUCUCUGAUUACAAUUUCCCCGCCACUCAUGUUGAGGUGCCGCCAAAAUUAUCCCCAACUUUUGAAAAGCAAUAG